GGCGGUGAAAGGGGCGUGUCCGCGCGGCCAUGGACGGGGACGGCGCGUACGAGCCGGGCUUCGUGGGGAUCCGGUUCUGCCAGGAAUGUAACAACAUGCUGUACCCCAAGGAGGACAAGGAGAACCGGAUCCUGCUGUACGCCUGCAGGAACUGUGAUUACCAGCAGGAGGCAGACAACAGCUGCAUCUACGUCAACAAGAUCACACACGAAGUGGACGAGCUGACCCAGAUCAUCGCUGACGUGUCCCAGGACCCGACCCUGCCCCGCACCGAGGAUCACCCCUGCCAGAAGUGCGGGCACAAGGAGGCCGUGUUCUUCCAGAGCCACAGCGCCCGCGCCGAGGACGCCAUGCGCCUGUACUACGUGUGCACCGCCCCCCACUGCGGCCACCGCUGGACUGAGUGACCACAGUGACCCUGAGUGACCACAGUGACCACUGAGUGACCCUGAGUGACCACAGUGACCACAGAGUGACCCUGAGUGACCCUGAGUGACCACAGA